ACCCCCCAAAUCACCACCAUGCACCAAACUUUAGCAUAUAGAAAUUGGUUUCCCUCCACCACCACUACCACCACGACGAUCAGUGGUAGUUCAUCCGCCACCACUAGUGGUAGUUCAUCCGCCACCACUAGUGGUGGUUCCACCAAUUUUGAGUCACGUUCAGGUGAGAAAAAGGAGAUGAACUAUGUUGGUGACAUGAGAUCACGAUACAAAAAUUCCUUCAUUACUACGAGUGUAGCGAAAUCCAUCUCGGAAAACGCGAUAAUUGUUGUAGCGUUACGUGGGUGUUGCAUGUGCCAUGUUGUGAAGAAUUUGCUUCUAGGGUUAGGUGUUAACCCUACGAUUUUCGAAGUGAACAAUGAAGAUGAAGAUGAUGUGAAGAAGGAGUUGUCGAUAAUCGUGGGUGGCGGUGGUACGGGUGGUGGUGGUGGAACAACGACGGCGUUUCCGGCGGUUUUCGUUGGUGGAAAUUUGUUCGGAGGACUAGAAAGAGUGAUAUCCACACAUAUUUCUGGUGAAUUAGUGCCAAUACUAAAAGAUGUUGGAGCUUUAUGGCUUUAAAUAAUUUUUACCUACCUAGUCAAUUAUUAUUCUCUUUUGUUAGGUAAAAAAAAUCAUUCAAAAAAAAGAAUAUAUCAGUCAUUCAAUCUCGAUUUUCGUGCCAAUCAAUAAAUCUUGAAUCUAGUUAAUU